UACCCGUGACCAAUCAGAGCAAGUCCAAUUUAGAGUCCUCCCCUUCUUCUGGGAGAUUUAUUGUGGCCCUCUGCUCCACACUACGGUCACUUCAGCUUCUCAAAGUCUGAGCAAUCAGGGGUCCAAGGAGCUGCAGGAUAAUGGCACCAACAAAGAAGGGAAUCUUGGAGCGUCUGAACGCCGGAGAGACGGUGAUCGGUGAUGGAGGCUUCGUGUUUGCCCUGGAGAAGAGAGGCUACGUGAAGGCCGGGCCCUGGACCCCCGAGUCCGCGGCUGAGUACCCCGAAGCAGUGCGUCAGCUGCACAGGGAGUUCCUGCGCGCUGGAGCCAACGUCAUGCAGACCUUCACCUUCUACGCCAGUGACGACAAGCUGGAGAACCGAGGCAACAAACUCACUUUCACUGGAGCUCAGAUCAACGAGGCCGCCUGCGAUUUGGCCCGUGAGGUCGCCAACGAAGGUGACGCUCUGGUUGCAGGGGGGGUUUCCCAGACGCCAUCCUACCUGAGCUGCAAGAGCGAGAAGGACGUGAAGGCCAUCUUCAAGAAACAGCUGGACGUGUUCGUCAAGAAGAACGUUGACUUCCUGAUUGCUGAGUACUUUGAGCAUGUUGAAGAAGCCGUGUGGGCUGUGGAAGUGCUGAAGGAGACGGGGAAGCCUGUGGCUGCUUCUCUGUGCAUCGGACCCGACGGAGACAUGCACAACAUCUCACCUCAAGAGUGUGCUGUCAAACUGGUCAAAGCUGGUGCCCAGAUUGUGGGAAUCAACUGCCACUUUGACCCCUUGACCUGCGUGAAGACCGUAAAGAUGAUGAAGGAAGGAGUGGAGAAGGCCGGACUGAAGGCUCACUACAUGGUGCAGCCGCUGGCAUUCCACACUCCCGACUGCAACUGUCAGGGAUUCAUCGAUCUGCCAGAAUUCCCCUUCGGCCUGGAGCCCAGGAUCAUGACCCGCUGGGACAUGCACAAGUAUGCAAGAGAGGCCUACGAUGUUGGCAUCCGAUUCAUUGGUGGUUGCUGUGGAUUUGAGCCGUAUCACAUCAGGGCUGUGGCAGAGGAGCUUGCCAAGGAGAGAGGCACCCUCCCUGCUGCAUCAGAGAAACAUGGAAUGUGGGGUGCCGGGCUGGAGAUGCACACCAAGCCUUGGGUCAGAGCCAGAGCCCGCCGUAACUACUGGGAGAACCUGAGGCCGGCCUCUGGUCGUCCACAAUGUCCUUCCCUGUCUGAACCCGAUAGCUGGGGUGUUACAAAGGGCCACGCUGAUCUCAUGCAGCAGAAAGAGGCCACUUCCAAGGACCAACUCAAACAGCUGUUCGACAGGUCAACGACGCACUGAUUCAGAACAUCUGCUUCCCCCGUGACAACAUGAGUCGAAGAGCCACACUGUGGAGCUGCUGACACACAGCCGUGUAUAGAAUCUGCAGUGUUGCACCUUACCAACAUACGUGGCAAACUCUCACUCGAGACUGCACUGCUCUGUACUCUGUCUAUUGUGCAAACGAGGCUACAGUGUCUCAAGUUAGGAGAUGGACUAUGUUGAAACAGAAACCUUCUUGCUUUCCAUUAGCCUGGACCAGUUUGUUUUAUAAAAUAUCAUCAUAAUAAAAAAUACAAACUGAUAA